GCGAGAAGGAGCCUUUGGAGAGCAGAGGGUUAUUCCAGUAGAUCUUCGAAGAUGAGGAGGGGGGAAACCUUGACACACAAUUCGACUUCGGGCAGGGAAAGCAGGGGAUGAGAGGAGUCCUGACCUACUCAAAUAAAGGCCGCGCAUGGAGCCGGGGCGGUUGCGUGAGAAUCCCCCCGGUUCUGGUGAGAACGAUGGCGGGGAAUGGAGGGGAGAAACUCCCGGUGUAGAGGCAGAGGAGGAGCGGAAACCCAGCGCCGUGGGCAGCUGCAACGGCACCGCAUCCGCGGCUGGGUGUGUCCGGGCCGGUGGGAUCACCGUGCGGGAAAAUGAAGAGGACGAGGAGGAUCAGUACAAAGAUGAAGAACUGGACCCCAGAAUACAGGAGGAACUGGAACAUCUCAACCAGGCGAGUGAGGAAAUAAACCGACUGGAGCUUCAACUGGAUGAGGCACGUUCGAGCUACAGGAAAAUCCUCACUGAUUCUGCACGCAAACUUAACGCUCAGGGCUCCCAGCUCGGUGCGUGCAUCGAGAAAGCCAGGCCAUACUACGAAGCUCGGAGACUAGCAAAAGAGGCCCAGCAGGAAACGCAGAAGGCCGCGCUGCGCUACGAGCGGGCCGUCUCCAUGCACACGGCCGCGAGGGAAAUGGUUUAUGUGGCCGAGCAGGGCCUCCUGGCUGACAGGAACACGCUGGAUCCAACCUGGCAGGAGAUGCUCAAUCACGCCACGGCCAAGGUGAACGAAGCCGAGGAGGAGCGCCUGCGUAGCGAGAGAGAACACCAGCGGGUCACGCAGCUGUGUCAGGAGGCCGAGGCGCGAGUCCAGACUCUACAGAAAGCUCUCAAGAGGGUCAUCGUCAAGUCUAAACCAUACUUUGAACUCAAAGCCCAGUUCAACCACAUCCUCGAGGAACACAAGGCCAAGGUGGUCCAGCUGGAGGAGCGGGUGGCGAAGGUAAAGACACGCUACUCGGUCGCCCUGCGCAACCUCGAGCAAAUCAGCGAGCAGAUCCACGCCCAGAGGGGGCGCGUUCGAGCGGCCAGGCAGCGAAACCAAGCCCGUGGUGGGCGGAGCUCACCAGUAGGGGCGGAAGCCGAGGGCAUCAUACAGGCAGGGGCUUAUGGAGGAGUAGGGAUGAGUAUGUUGGAUAACGAUUGGGCAGAUCAGGAGAAAACCAGGCAGUGGGUUGAGAAGCACAGGGAGGAAGGGUGGGGCCAAAGGGCUGAUAGGGCAGGGUCAGACUCUUUGUCUAUCAUCAGCCUGCAGACCAUCGCCUCAGACCUGGAGAAGUGCGACUCGGUGGAGCACCUGGGCGACCUGAGCGAUGUCAGCAGUGUGAUCGGAGAGGAAAGAGAGGGCGAGAAAGAAGGCUUGAGCGUGUUCAAGCAGGGAGCAAAGAGAGAGAGCGAAACCGCAGCCUCAGGAACCGAACGACCUCAGAAGGACCGAGAAAAUUUUGUUAAGCAGCACCACCGGAGUGUGAGCUUGUAAAAUAUAAAGCACCUUAAACCUCGAGGUCCAUGCCUUUGCCUUUAGCCUUCCAUACUUUCCUCUCUCCUCUCUCGGAGGCAGUGUUACAAUUCUCACCGGCUUUCCAGUGCACUUGCAGACAGAGAUGCAAUAGACAGAGCGCAGCGUGAGUGAGAGGAAAGCGUGAAAGGCUGUGAUGGAAGGCAUCGAAACGCUCCAUCAGCUCCUACAGGACUCCCGUCCGGCAGCAGCAGCUGAGACACAGAAGUCGUUUUUAGUCUGUAACGACAAAGAAAAAGCAUAAUGACGACUUGGCAUGGCGGUGUUUCUCUAUCGCAGAGUUUACUUUUUUUUCUCCUAAUAUUAAUGAAUAACAAUAAGGGAAGAAACGUAGGGGGGCGACGCAGCGCGUCCUCUGUGGUUUUGUAGUUCUCGUGCGCCGAUCCUCACUUUCACUUCUACUAGAAGGAAAAAUUAGAAAAGGGAGGGACAGGGCGAGAAAAGAAAGACAGGUUGUAACUACAGUCUAACACACAGAUUGUAAAUAGAUCCCAGCGCUCAUCACGGAUCAGGGGCUAAAAAUAACACCUGGCCCGUUUGCUGCAUGAGAGAGCGAGCGAGUUCAGCGAUUUAUCACUUUGUGUUACGCCGCUUCUCGUGUCAGGCUGUAAUAUCCACGCAAAAGAAAAAAACGACACAAAAACGGAGUGACGCGCUCCGGCUCGACUGUGAAAUGGUACUGUUUAAGCCGCUUUUUUUUUUUUUCCUUCCCGAAAGUGGAUUCGUGAGCGUUUUUUGAAGAAAGGGAAAUCAGGAGUGCCUUUUCUUCCACACCCAAGCUAAGUCAGUAUGCUGUCCUGAGGUAGCGCCUUCGUAUUUAUAGAACAUUGUGGCAUUUAUCGUAGUCCCGAGUAGCAUAUCUUACUGAACAGAAUAGUCUUGGCUUUAUUUAUUUUAAGUUACUCAAGCGCUACAUAUUCAGUGCCACAUUAGUGCUAGAUUUUGAUUUUAAAUAAUGUACAAUAAUGUUUACAAGUACGGUUUUUCCAACUGAAGAUGCACUUAGAGGAAAAACAACUCGUCCAUGCUGAUGUAUGUGUGUAGGACUGAAACGAACGGACAGCACUGUAUCGCUCGUUCAUCCACGUCCUUUAAACGGUUUUCUUUUAAUCCUGCUAUAAAUCCUUUUUUUCUCUCUCUAUCUGUCUAUCUCUCUUAACUACUCUCUCGUAGUUCAGACACUGGAAAAUGGCCCAAUCAGUUAUGGCUCGUAAUUUCUCACACUCUCUGUGUAACUGAGUAUUAAAGUAUACGAUAGAGGAUUAUACUACAUCUCACCUGUAUUAAUUCUGUAAAUGUUAAUUUAUUGAACUGCUGAGGAUAUUAAAACUUGAAUUUAACACCUA